AUGAAUCCAAUGAACGGUCGGAUAGAGGAAAGAGGACACUGGGCCAGUAAGGUAGAAUUCCUGCUGUCUGUGGCAGGGAAUGUUGUUGGGCUUGGCAAUGUGUGGAGAUUCCCUUACCUGUGCUACAAAAAUGGAGGGGGUGUGUUCCUGGUGCCGUACCUGGUGUUUGUGGUGACAUGUGGUGUUCCCCUGUUCUUGUUGGAGACUGCCAUUGGCCAGUACACGCAGGAGGGGGCCAUCACCUGCUGGAGGAAGCUUUGCCCGCUGGCAGAAGGUAUAGGCUACGGAGGACAGCUGAUUCUUCUGUACAGCUGCAUGUAUUACAUUAUUGUUUUGGCCUGGGCCCUCUUCUAUUUGGCCUUCUCCUUCUCCUCCCAGCUUCCCUGGGCCAGCUGCAACAACAUCUGGAACACAGAUGCUUGUGUAGAAUUUUCAACACAAAAUGGCACCUUCAACUGGAGAAAUCAGACCAAUACAACCUCCGCUGCAACAGAAUUCUGGGAGCGGCGGGUGUUGGCAAUCUCAGCAGGCAUUGAAGAAGUGGGCAGCAUCAGGUGGGAGCUGUUGCUGUGUCUCAUUGCAAUGUGGGUCAUCUGCUACUUCUGUAUUUGGAAAGGGGUCCGGUCUACAGGCAAGGUGGUGUAUUUCACAGCUACCUUUCCCUAUGCAAUGCUAUUGAUUCUGCUGAUCCGUGGACUCUCUCUCCCUGGGGCUCUGAAUGGAGUCAUUUUCUAUCUCCUCCCUGAACCUUCACAUCUCACAGACCCGCAAGUCUGGAUGGAGGCGGGUGCACAGAUCUUCUUCUCCUACAGUGUGGGAGUAGGCACCUUGACUGUGCUUGGCAGCUACAACCAAUAUAACAACAACUGCUACAGGGAUUGUCUAUGGCUGUGUGUGCUAAACAGUGGUACCAGCAUGGUGGCUGGGUUUGCCGUUUUCUCCGUUUUGGGAUUCAUGGCCCAUGAGCAGGGGGUCCCCAUUGAGGAGGUGGCAGAAUCAGGUCCAGGUCUUGCAUACAUUGCAUACCCCCAAGCAAUAGCCAUGAUGCCCCUGUCUCAGCUGUGGGCUGUCGCUUUCUUUGUUAUGAUCAUUCUCCUGGGUCUGGAUACGCAGUUUGUGGCCAUGGAGGUCGUGAUGACAUCCAUCACAGAUUUGUUUCCUUCAAUUCUGCGCAGGACAGGGCGACGGGAACUCUUGCUCCUCGUCUUCUGCCUUAUAUGCUUUCUAUCUCAGCUUGUAAUGAUCACAGAGGGAGGAAUGUAUGUAUUUCAGUUGUUUGACUACUACGCCUGCAAUGGAGCCUGCAUUCUCUUUCUCUGUGCAUUUGAAACACUGGCAGUAGGCUGGAUAUUUGGGGCUGAGCGAAUGUAUGGUAUCAUAGAGGACAUGACGGACACGCGCCCCAACAUAUUAUUUAAGGUCUGCUGGCUCUACCUCACCCCUCUGGUCUCACUGGGGUCUUUCAUUUGUUCCUUAGUGGACUAUCAGCCGCUGACGUUCAACCGUUGGUAUGUGUAUCCGGUCUGGGUGUACGUGUUGGGCUGGCUGCUGGCCCUAUCCUCCAUCUUACUUGUACCAGGUUGGGCUCUAAUCAAACUGAGCAUGGGCCCUGGAAGCCUCAGUCAGCGCUUCCGUCACUUGUGUCAGCCUGAUCUGGCCUGUCCACUGACUCUGCAGAGGGAGGCCGAGCUACAGGCCAUGGGAGGAGCAGAGAUGGAAGACAGCAUUUCUAAGCUUACCUGA